AUGACAGGAAUCGUGCCCCAGACAGAGCUGGGAGGUGCAGCAAGGGGCUGUGACCCCCAGGAUGUGGGAGGGACCCGCCAGCCAAGCUCUCCCAGCCCCAAACCCUCGGCUCUGGGGGAUGGAGCCCUGGUGUCCCACAGUGCCCCACGUACCCCCCAGCCCCGUGGGCCUUCCUUUCCUUCGGGGGUGCCAUCCCUGCUGCUGACCCUGCCCCUGUCCUUGCUGUCCCCGCAGAACUCCAUCCGGCACAACCUGUCCCUGCACACGCGCUUCAUCCGCGUGCAGAACGAGGGCACCGGCAAGAGCUCCUGGUGGAUGCUGAACCCCGAGGGCGGCAAGACGGGCAAGACGCCGCGGCGGCGCGCCGUGUCCAUGGACAACAACAGCAAGUUCCUGCGCAUCAAGGGCAAGGCCAGCAAGAAGAAGCAGCUGCAGGUGACGCAGGAGCGCGGCGAGGACAGCCCGUCCUCCCAGCAAGCCAAGUGGUCGGAGAGCCCCGCGUCCCACGCCAGCGACGAGUACGACGCCUGGGCGGACUUCCGGACGCGGGCCAGCUCCACGGCCAGCACGCUGAGCGGGCGCCUCUCGCCCAUCAUGGCCAACCACGAGCCGGACGAGCUGGAGGAGGACGAUGGAACCCCCUCGUCCCCGCUGAUGUAUCCCAGCCCUUCCAGCACCAUGUCUCCUUCCCUCAGCGCCCGCUGCUCUGUGGAGCUGCCCCGGCUGACCGACCUGACCGGCACCAUCAGCCUGAACGAGAGCUUAGGGGAGAGCAUGCUGGAGGACCUGCAGGAUGGCUACAGCAUGAGCCCCUCCCAGCAGCUCCCCCCGGCCGCCCUGCGCCAGCGGAGCUCCAGUUUCACCUUCAACUCCAAGUGCUCCAGCAUGGGGGCCGCCUCCAACACCUACUGUGGGACCAUCUACAGCCAGCCGGCCAUGAGCCUCAUGCGCCGCCUGCCCAUGCAGACCAUCCAGGAGAACAAGCAGGCCACCUUCUCGCCCGUCAGCUCCUACAGGAACGCCUCGCUGCAGGACCUGCUCUCCUCCAUCUCCUACGCGCACAAGGAGAGCAUGGUCCCGGGGGAGCUGCCCCUGCCGCAGGCCAGCCCCAUGGUGCCGGCCCGUGGCCACAGACACAACCCGCUGCUGUGCGGGGGCGGGGAGCAGGCCUUGUCCUCCUACCCGCCCCACCCGGGCUCUCUCAUGAAGAGCAACGCGUUGUACCACCCGUCACCAGCCGGCCACCACCCUGCGGUCAACACCAGUGCCUUAGCCAAUCCUGUCAGCCUUAUGAGCCUGCCCAGUGACUCGUGCAGCAUGACGGCCGUGCCGCACCACGGGCACCUGCAUCCCUACGCUAAUAACCAAGGGGCACACAUGAGCUUGCUGGAUUCGCUGCAGGGCCCCUACCCGGGGGCCGUCCACCCCCCCGUGUUGGGCCAAGACAGGUUCCCAGCAGACCUGGACCUGGACAUGUUCAACGGGAGCCUGGAGUGCGACGUGGAGUCGAUCAUCCUCAAUGACUUUAUGGACAGUGAUGAGAUGGACUUCAACUUCGACUCGGCGCUCCCGCCGCAGAACGGGCUCAACGUGCCCGCGCUGCCCGGGGGGCCACAGCCCACGAACCAGAGCUGGGUGCCCGGGUGAGCCCUGCCCCGGCACGGGCUCACCACUGGGAAGCCACGAGGGGAACAUUGAGACUAACUUUUUUUUUUUCCUUUCUCUUCUGCCUUUGUUUGUUAAGAUAGGGGAGAGCCAUCAGUCUGAGCUUAAGGUCGAACACGAAACACAAUCCGGAGAGUCAAAUGUUGAGAUGGGGGAGGACGCCCAGCCCCAGGUGUGCCCGGUCUGCAGGUCCUGCCAGCAUCCUCUGGAGGACGCAGGGCAGGUGGGUGGGAGAGGCAGCCAGAGCCAGGCAGAUCCAGGGGGGUAGCAGGAAGGGAAAGCCUUUCCAGACAUCCCAGUGCCCCGUGGUAAUGGUGCCAGUUUGAUUUGCCCUUGGGCUGGAGGACGGAGUGGUGACAGCUGGUGGUGUGGGACACCCCCAGCACGGGCAUCCCCCCUGGGGAAGAACUCUUCUCUGAGCCACCUUGGGAAGUGAGUCCUCUGGGCAGAAGUGUCAGGAGUGGGGACGCUGCCCCAGGGCAAGGGGGGGCUCAUGGCCCCUCAGUCCUGGAGGAGAUGGGAGCUCUGCUGAGCCCACACCCCCAGGCCAGCUCUGCUGGGUGUCUCCUGGUGGAUCCAGGCAGGUUUCCUUACUGAGCAGUGAGCAGGGGGUGGUGAUGGUCUGCAGCCAGCAGCCCUGGGAGCAGCAUCUCAGCAGCCCCUGGGCCUGAGGGUGCAGGGGAAGCUGCAGUCCCUGCCCGGAGCAGGCUGGGCACGCUCCAGGGGGGUCCUGCUGGCAGUGAGGGACCCCUGGGCUGGAGGCUCGGGGGCAGCUCGCAGGGGAGGGGAGGGGGGCGUAUUUAUUUGAUUUCAUGCACUCUUUUGCCAUUGAGUUUUUGCAUUGGAAGGAAGAAAGGGUCGAGCUUAGGGAGAGGAGAGAGAGGCCAUGGGCAAUGUGUCCCAUCACAUGGCUCAUCUUGGCUUGGCCAUGGGGAGUGUUGGAUGUUGAGGUGAAAGUCUGGGGGCUGUGAUGUGGGCCAUCCUCCAGGAGGGGCUGUGUGUGUGACAAGGGAGGGAUCUGGUGGCCAGCCUCUGGAUGCAGUGGGGUCCAUCCUGCUCCAAGCUUGGGUGACCCACAUUGCUCAGGGAGGUGCCACAGGGGCCCCAGCCAGGGCUGUGGGGCUCCUGGGGGGUCAGUUCCACCAUGCCUGUCCCAGUGUCUCACUGCCCACCCCUGGGGUGCCAGGAGAGAUGAUCCAGGAGCUGUCAGCAAGAGGGGUGCACCCACCUGCCAGGGGCUGGGGCUCCAUGGGGGUGGGGACCAUGAUUCACACACAUGGUCCUGCUGUGUGUCAGGACCCCAGACUGACCCCACUCCAUGGGGCAGGAGAGGGCCAGGGAUGUCCCAGCCAUUCCACACAGCUGCCAGGAGCAGCAGGGUUUGGAGGGGUUCAGGCUGGUGGCCAGCAGGAGAAACUGGUCUGGAGAUGAGGCAGGGGCUGGGAGAAGGUGCUGGGAGCUGCUGCUGAGUCCCGUGGGGUCUCUGCUCAGCCAUUCUUCCUCCUGGGCACCACAGGCUCUGUGACCCCCAGCCCCUGGCUUGCAGAGGGGUCAGUGCACAGAACCAGCACAUUUUCCCAGCCCAGCUCUUCCCUUCCUGCCCCAGAGCUGGGUCCCAGCCAGCCACAGGGACAGCGUGGCUGCCCCGAGUCAGGGCAGGGGGACCCAUGGGUGGCACCUCCUGCUCCUCUCCUGACCCACAUGGCUGUGACAGAGGAGCGCUGUGUGCCACUGCCCACCUUCACCCGGGGCACAAGGCAGGCACAGUCUCUAAAGACAUCCUUACAAGUUAAUUAAUUAUGUUUACAUUAUUUGAUCAUGUACAGAAUUUAAUAUAUUCUAUUAUAUAUAAUCUUUCUUGAAUGCUUUUUUAAAAAGGAUUAUUCUUUGGUCAGGAUCAUUACUGCAUUCCUUUUGUACACCACCUCUCCUUGCAGGCAUCUUUCAAAUCCUUGGAAACCGAUUGCGAAUGGCUCUUUAACCCCCAACCCCCCAGUCCAGCGCGUGGUGUGAGGGACCCAGAGGCAGGAGAGAGGGCAGCUCUGGCUGCCCUGGAGCCAACAGGGGCCUCUGCCCCCCAGGAAAGGGAGAAAGGGAAGGAGCCCUGGCUCCUCCAGGCGUCUGACCUCCAGGCACAGAUCCAGCAGCACACCAGCAUGCCGGGCAGCACUCGGGCAAUGUGAGAGGGGAUUCUCCCACGCUGGGGUCCCCGAGCCCCCUCUGGUGUUACAGACACUGGCUGGCCAUCAAUGUGAUGGGGGAGCUGCCCAGGAGCAGGAGGGAAGUGUCCCCAGCACAGGAGGGAAGUGUCCCUGUGUCCCCAGCACAGGAGGGAAGUGUCCCCGUGCCCGCCGUGCCGCCCCGUGCCCCUGCCCCGCUGCGUGGGCACGGCCCCUGGCCAAGCUGUGUCGUGGUUCGUGACCGUGGGGUUGUCGUGUGUGCGGUGCAGUCGUGUUGGUAACGUCGUGUGUUCAGUCGUCCUGCGGGGCAGGGGGCGGCGGGGGCGGGCACGGGCACCCCCAGGGCGGCUGGGAGCCCGGGGACAGGGUGGCUGCAGGGCUGGGUGGCACAGCUGGCCCUGCCAGGGGACCAAAGGGCCAGGGCAGGUGAGGCCGUGGUGUCCAGGUGGGGGGUGGUGAGGGACUGGGGGUGUUGGGGCUGGCAUGUCCUGGGGGUGGCUGGCGUGGCUGUGCCCCCCUGUGACUGUCAGUGUGGGGAAGGGGACACCAGGGCUUUGUGUCACUGCCUGAGGCUCCGGGUUCCCUCUCUGGAACCUGCGAGGCCACCUCAGGUCCCACCUCACUCCUCUGGGACCAGGAGCUCCCUCCCUGCUCCUGCCCUGCCUGGAGCCGCUCUGGGGGGACACCCAGGACCCCCCAGUUUGCUUCCCCUGGCGGUUUUGGGUCCGUUUCCCUCAUAUUUAUAACUGUACAGACUGGGGGGGAGGGUCUCAUCUCUCACACACAUUUAUUGUAGGCAAUGGUAACUUUCUUGGUUGUGCUAUUAGAGUUUGUGUAUGUGGCAAUGUAAAGAACUGUGUAUAGUGCAUUGUACAGCAUAUUUUCAUGAAUAAAAUUGUUUUAAAUAUUA